UGUGAGGGUUUAGUCAUUAGCCGCUUUAUCUUGGCCUCGUCGUUGUGGACUGAGCGUUGUAGCACCAUCCCCAUCACAAUGUCUGGUUCCAAAGAUAAGCAGAAUCAGGAUGAGGGAGGACAAAUGGAAUCGGAUCAUGAUGAAGACAAUGGCAAUGCCAGGACAAAGUCAGGAGAGAACCUGUGGGAUGAGGAACACAACCCAUUGUCUUCUGCAACAAGAGCAACAUAUAAUGAUCCAGGAGAUGUUGAGGACAGGCUUCUGGAGGAUGGAGACGAUGUUGGACUAAAAGAAGAUAAGACACAAUCUGAAGAAGAUGACGGUCUUCCCAUCGACCGUGGUUGGGCGUGGGUGGUAUUAGCAGGUAGUGUCCUGAAUGUGUUCAUCAUGGUUGGAUAUGCCAGAGGUAUCGCCAUAUUCUUUGUGGCGUAUCUGAAGGAAUUCCAGGCAUCUGCAGCAACGACAACUUUAUUCAUGGGAGUUAUGGCUGGCACUUCUAGCAUUGCGUCACUAUUUUCCAUGACUGUGAUUCUACGACUGCUUGGAGAGAGGAAAACUGUUAUCAUUGGUGGAACAGCAGCAGCUUUAGGGAUGCUUACAGCGGUGUUCGCCAACAGUAUUACUUACCUCAUCUGCACACACAGCAUUCUUAUGGGUAUAGGGCUUUCAAUGAUACACGGCCCGGCAUUGGUACUGAUUGGGAAGUACUUUAAGAAACGAAGAGGGAUUGCCACAGCUAUAGCCAUGUCUGGAAUCAGUUUGGGAGGCAGCGUUUUCCCACCUCUCGUUCGGUUCCUGCUGGAUGAAUAUGGUGUCAGAGGAAGUAUGUUGAUCCUGACGGGGCUGACCAUGAACAUUUGGGUCGGGGGAGCCCUGUUUAGACCAUUGAGUUCUUUCCAAAAGAAGACACCGAAGAAAAUAUCAUUCAGGAAUCAAGAUCAAGGAAAUGGCCCUGGUUUAGAGAUGAUCCAUGAAAGCAGCGAAAAUGAAGAUGUAAAAGACUGUACUGUAAAGAUGGACGUGAAUGACCUUGGCGCAAACAAUACCAGCAAGCCGGGCAUUCCAGUGGUCACAGAUAAAGAAAGAGCUGUCCGUAAAAGAACUAGGCCUGAUUCGAUGAUUAGCUAUGGAUCUCAAAUAUGCGAUCGUUCGGAAUAUCAUCUCAGAAUGUAUACAAGCAACCCUGAUUUGACAUCAUUGUCGUUGGUUGAUUUACGAGAUGUUAAUCCUCUGCAAGAUGUUGAUGAUAAACAUGAAAGUGUAUGGAUGCAUGUUAAAAAAGCGUUUGCAGCGUUUGACUUUUCAUUGUUCAAACAGCCAAUGUUUCAGCUGCUCGCAGCAUAUACUCAUUUCGGUAUGGUUUUCACAUUAACAGGCGCAUACCUCCCUGUGCUCGCAAAGGAAAAAGGCGUUGGUCCUACAGAGGCAGCGUUUCUGUUGACUAUUCAAGGCGUGACGGAUUUCUGCGGUAGACUUGCAGUUGGGUUCGUGGCAGACUUCAAAUACAUCAAAAUCAAUCAUUUGAUGGCCAUUGGAAUAGUAAUAUCUGGAACCGUAGCUCAAUUUGCUUCAUUCUAUAACUCGUACACUCUUUUGAUCGUAUUUGCCGUGCUUGCCGGGUUAUUUGGCAGCUUCUAUAAUUGUCUGAUCCCCCUUGCCAUCGUUGAGUUUAUGGGACUUAAAAAUAUGGCCAACGUUCUUGGAUUCGUAGCCGUGUUUCAUGGACUUGCCAUGGCUUUGACACAUCCUAUCAUGGGGGCCAUUCGUGACCUGACUGGUUCGUACAAUCUCUGCUUUAACUACCUUGGAAUAUGCAACUACAUCUGUGCCAUAUUGCUCCUCUGCAUACCACUAGUCACAAAGAAGACGACCACGCCAUUAGAUGGAAAGGACCCAGAAGAAGGCCAACCACUGAAAAAUGACUAAGAGACCGUGUGCUUACGAAUGACGUGUAUAGAUGCUUAGAUUGGAUACGCAAUGACAUUUAGAUAGUGGUCAAAUGUAACACCUGGGCCACGUUCCUCAAAGCGAUCGUAGCGCUACGACAGUUGUAAGUCUAUGUUAAAGUAUGGGAGUUACGAUCAUCUUAGCGCUACGAUCG